AUGAGGCAACCAGAAAAGAUCAAUCCGGCUGGGAACGGCAAUGUCAACCCGCAAAAGGAGAGUUCUUUCUACCGGAGACUGCCGCAGGAAAUCCGGAACCUGGUUUGGGUCCAGCUCUUUUCUUCGACCAGGAUAGCCGUUGGAUUUAUCGAAUACCCCGUCUCCAAGUUCCUCGAUGUCACACCCGCGCCCAAUAGCCUUGCGGCGCUCCGCAUCUGCCGACGGGCCCGUCUCGAAAUCGGCGACUCUUGGCUACGUCACAUCCUAUUUUACUUUCCAGGACUCCACACAAUGUACAAAAGGCUUUCCGUCCUUCCUGUUGAGACGAUCACAAAGUUACGGCACGUGAGAAUGAGCGGUGAAAAAUUUCUGUUCCCAUGCGAAGGACGGAACAAAACACACUGCAGAUACAGCAUAUUCGAUGCCUUGAGGCGCCUCCCCGGCCUGCAGCUUGACCAGCUCACGAUUCUGGGCGGCAGUUGGUCUGGGUGCAAUUAUAUGGACCUUCUAAGCCUUAUCGAGCUCGGAGAUGGAUGGAAGACGCUCCGAUAUCUUGACCGCAGCUCCGAACUGCUCGGGUUUCGCGGAAAGACGCGCGGCUGGACGCCCGAUGGCGAAAGUAGAUGGCAACCACAGCCCAGUGGCUUGAAACGUAUCCUAGAAAAACGCGAUGGCAUAGCCUCGGCCCCUUCUGUCACGAUCUACCGGGCAACUGAGUCGAGGUUCAACGGUGGCAUGUUUGACCUAGCGAGACGAGUCAAAUUUGAACAACAUUGGGACCCCCAGGAACUCGUGUAUUAUCCCCAGGAUGACGAGCUCAUGACUAAAGGGGAGAAGGAGAAGGAGAUGUUGAUCAUUGUGAACAGGGGCGCUGGCGUUGAUUACGUGGUGAAGGACAUAUCUGCUCGACAGCUGGAUGAUAUGGGCAGCUUGUUUCCCGAGGAUUAA